AUGAGUCGCCUUGACAAUGCGCAGGACGGGGGUCACGACAACUCUGAGCCCAUUCACCUCAAUGCCGACCAAAAACCCACGACAGGAGGGGCUCAGGACGCCGAGAAACAGUCGGUGAACGACGAUGCACACAAAGACAAUUCACAUGCCGAACGCGCUCGGGAAAGGGAAGAGGCUCUCGAGAGGGAAGAGACGCAGCAGCAGCAGGACAGCCCCAAACCGGAAGGCGACAACGACGACCAGCCUGCUGGAGGCUACGAUGCGACGCCCAUACCCAAAGCUCCGCCAGGCUGGACCGUCAAGAUCACCUUCCACCGUGCCACCAACCUGCCCAUGGCCGACAUCAACUCCAUGUCGUCCGACCCCUACGUGCUAGCCCAGAUCAACACCGACUUGCCUAAGCGUCACAAGGAAGAUCCUCUUCUGCGUAUGCGUACGCCAACAAUCCGUCGCAACACCGAUCCUGAGUGGAACUUUGAGUGGAUUGUCGCCAACAUUCCCUCGUCAGGCUUCAAGCUCAAAGCUCGUGUCUACGACGAGGAUCCUACCGACCACGAUGACCGCUUAGGAAACGUUCACAUCUCGAUUCACGAUAUCCACGAGAACUGGCCCGGUAUUCAAGAGCAGCCCUACAAGAUCAUGAAGCGAUCGGGCAGCAAGCGAGCCUAUGCCAUUCGUGCUGUUGCUGCCUGUAUGAGCAAGGCCAAGCACAUGAACGGCAGCCUCUAUGUGAGCAUCCAGGUGCUCGGUCGCACAGACAUCGACAACGGUGGUCACGUCUUCACCGUCGGUCCGCAAUGGUGGAUCAGGCAUCAAGCUCCCAUGCUUGGCCGUAUCGCCGGCCGCAAAGAACCCAAUGAAGACAACUCUCAAACCGAGAAGGAAAAGGCAAAAACAGAACGCUACAACUUCCAGGCCAACCAGAUCCAAUUCCGUGGUCCUGUGCCAGAUGGCCUCUACCAUCGCUAUGUCGAGUUCCGCCCUUUCGUCAAGCAAAUGUUUACUUCUACUGGUGUGCGAGGUUGGGUUUUGUCGAAAGCCCUUCACCAUCAACACGCUCGAGUAUACAAUUUCGACCGUUCUACUAAAUGGGGCCACUUCCCUCAAGGCCCCUGCAAGGAGAUGACACAAGCCUUCCUCGACUUAGUACAUUACGACGAGGGCGGCCGCAUCUUUACCUACGUCUUGAGUCUCGACUCGCUCUUCCGCUUCACAGAAACAGGCAAGGAGUUUGGUAUCGACAUGUUGAGCAAGCAUACCAUGCACAGCGACGUGAGCAUCUACAUCGCCUUUUCCGGCGAGUUCUUCAUUCGCCGAUUGAAGUACAAGAACGAGCCUCCUCCGCCAGACCCAGCCGACACCGGCAGUGCCAGCAGUGAAGAUGGCGACCAUGAACACGACGGCGCAAACGAGUCUCACCCUCCUCAUGAUCUCAAUAACGGCCCUCCUAACGACGAACCNCCCAAAGAUCCCGCACACUACCAACUCGUCAUUGACAACGACAGCGGCACCUACCGCCCCAACGCCAAAAUGUUGCCUCUACUCAAAAAGUUCCUCGCUGCAAACUUGCCCGGCCUCCACAUUCAAACCCUCGACUGCCAAAAGNNGGACGAGAAGAAGAUGAACCGCAUGAAGCAAGCCCAACGCGACCGCAAAAAGAAGGAAGGCGAUCAUAUCGUCUACGCUCAAGCCGGCAGCGACGCCAGCAGCAUCAGCAGUUCUGACGAAGAGCAAUUGGAUAAUCUUGAGCAAGCUGCUCACGCACAUUACUCAGAACACAGGGACGAACCUUCAGGCCGUGGGUUUGCUCAUCAACUCAAGCAGGAUGCUGGGCUUAGGGGUAAAGCCAAGGUGGGGCAUUUGAAGCGUAAUAUCCCUGGUGCUGGAAACGAUAGGCCACAGGAUGGCGAGGGAGGAGUAAAAGGAGCACGAGUUGAUCAGUUGAUGAAGUUGAUGUUGUUAAUCAAGGGGGCGCGGGAUCGCUCCUGA